UUUUCGCUCUGUCAGCUGGCCGCCUGUCAGUUGAGCGGAGUGACAGUUGUGAGCUAAUUUUGUCAGUAAAAUCGAUCGGUGUGCAGUGUGAAAUUCUAAUAAUAUUUAUCUAAGAAUCAAUUAAACAAAGACUAAAAAUGUCUAAAGUUAGUACAAAUACUGGUGAUAACACUCAAGAUGAGAAAAUCUUGAUGCCAUACACAUACAUCCAGCAAGUACCAGGCAAGCAGAUUAGACAGAAGCUCGCGUCUGCCUUCAACUACUGGCUCAAAAUCUCUGAUGAAAAGCUCCGGGCCGUGGGAGAGAUUGUGCAAAUGCUUCACAACUCUAGCUUACUCAGCAAACACAGGAUGCCCCCAGCCCCGCAGGACACGAUCGAAAUUACUUAUUUUAACGCGAUUGACGACAUUCAAGACAACUCGAUCCUUCGUCGCGGUAUUCCUGUGGCGCACUCCAUCUAUGGCGUGGCGAGCACCAUCAAUGCCGCCAACUAUACCAUGAUAGUUGCGCUGGAAAAGACGCAGGAGUUGGGACAUCCUAUGGCGACGCGAGUGUACACGGAACAGCUGCUAGAGUUGCACAGAGGACAAGGCAUCGAGAUCUACUGGCGCGACAACUUCCAGUGCCCUUCCGAGGAGGAGUACAAGGAGAUGACCAUCAAAAAAACGGGCGGCCUCUUCAUGUUAGCCAUCCGUCUGAUGCAGCUGUUCAGCGAGAACAAGUCAGACUUCAGCAAGCUGUCUGCCAUCCUCGGCCUCUACUUCCAGAUCAGAGAUGAUUACUGCAACUUGAGGCUGCAAGAGUACACAGAGAACAAGAGUUACUGCGAGGACCUGACGGAGGGCAAGUUCAGCUUCCCCAUCAUACACGCCAUCCGCAACCCCGAGGGCGACAAGCAAGUGCUGCAUAUCCUCCGUCAAAGGACCCGUGACCUGGAGGUGAAGCGCUACUGCAUCACCAUACUGGAGCGCAUCGGCAGCUUCGCGUACACUCGCGAGACGUUGCAGAGCCUGGACGAAGAGGCUAGGAGAGAGGUAGCCCGACUAGGAGGUAACCCGCACCUAGAGGCACUCCUGGACGACCUCCUCAGUUGGCGACGAGACAAACCCCUCGAAAACAACGUAUAAACUAUUCAGGUGGUCUGAACGUAACUGGGAAGCAUCAAACAUUAUGGCGAUUAACAUAUAGGGGGUCGGGAAAGCUCCAAUAAUAAAAAGAAAAAAAACAUCAAGUUCAUUUUUUUUAAUUAUUUACAAAGGUACUAUAACGAAGAAACGGCAUAAUUCGUAUCAAGGUUGCCAGCCUCAAUGGGAUAUGGGAAUAAAGAAUAAAGCCUUCCUAGUUACGUUGACAAGUUAAAGGAAAUGUUAGGUUCAAUUUUAGUACGAAAGACAAUUCGUUUUUGAUUUUCAUUACGGUUUCCAAAUUAUACGAUAUUUUGUACUUUUUGCUGCGGGUAAAGUCGGCGAGGGCAUUCAAUGAUAUUUGAACUUUUUGGGAAAAGAAUAACAACAUUAGUGUUGCCGACUGUAGAAAUAUUUGAUUUUGAAUAAAAUGUGAAUGUUUGUUUAAUCAUUACUAUGAUUAAUUAGAAAAUUAUAUUAAAAUAGUUUUGUUAUGCUAAUUUCAGUAUUAUAAUGCCGUAAUGAAAGUAAAAACCCUAAUGAUUUAAAUUAUUUUGUACAUUUUAUUUUAUUGUAUAGAUAGAAUAAAAAUCAUUUUUUUAUUAUCACUGGUUAAAUGAAACAACGAUGUUAUGGCGAUAUUUUAUGUGUACAUAAUAAUAAUAAUUAUUAUAUUUUAUAUUCAGUCAUGAUUGUGCAUUUUACAUUCCGUUAAUUAGAUGGUGGAAGUUGUAUAAGUAGGAAUUGCAAUUAAAAGACAUGUGUCUCAAUAAUUUGUAUCUUAAGAUCUUUUUAAUGUCUCAAAUCAAUAUCAAUGUUGUGUUCAGUACUUUUUAUAUGUUUAUGGUUGCUACAGCUAAAUUAAUUUUUCAGUGAUAUGUCAUCAUUAUAAUAUAGGGAAAGUCGAUUAUUUUGAAAAAGUGUAAAAAAAGUAUUAUUAUCAAAAAAAUUUAGUAUAAAAAAGACCAUCGUCUAACUUUAACACCCAGCCAAUGGCUAAAUAUCAAAUUGAAUGGAUGGCUAUUUAAAAUUAUUAUACUCUAUGGCCAUACGAUCUAACUGCCAUCUAUAGUCAUUUGAUUGUGAAAUGUUUUUUUUGCUUUGUAACAUAAUGGCGUAAUGCUUACUUAAAUCGCUUUGUACUUACGCACUAAUGCUUAAAUAAACAAGCUUGGUUAUUUUUUUAUUUUGAAUAAAACUAUUGUUAUGGAUUUUACUCGCUUUUUUAUUUAUUUAUUUUUCCCAAACCAAUGAUUUUUUUGAGGACAAAUUAUUUCAGAUCCGUAACAAUAGUUCCUUUUUAUUUUUUAUUAAACUUUUAUUAAUGCAUGCAAUGAAGUGUUAUUUUUCAUAGUUUUGCCUAAAUUAAUAUUUCACAAGUUUGCUGAGUCAAUAUAAAACAGUGGUGAGACCACUCGUUUGCCUCUAUAUCGACCAAAAUAUUUGCAAAAUCUAGAUUAAGAUAAUAAAUUGUUCCGUAGACUUUUCGAAUUAUUAGCAAUGUUGCAGUAGGUGAUAAAAUUACUUAUGCUGUUUGACGUUCAACGAAGUUUUCUAAAUCUAGAAAGUGCUUUCAAAAUCUUAUACGAAUUUAGCAGUAACUAAAGUUUGUUGCAAGCAAAUGUCAAGCAUUCGUUAUUACACGAGGCUUUGAUGAAUUUUCACUUUGUCGUUAUUUCUUAUAAUAAAAUUGUAAAAGAUACGCUAGUCAGCUGUCGCGAUGGGCGUCGAUUGUGGACAGCUAAACAAAUUAUAUAGGUGUAGCCUGUUGGAAAGUAGCGUGGCUAGAAGGUUAGGAGGUCGGUGUAUUCCUAGGUAUUUAAUAUUGUAUAAGUAUUGUUUUCAUUUUUACAUAAACCAUGAUAAAAAAGUUUUUAAUACACCAAAAAAAAAAUGUUAAACAAUUAUACACUUCUUUCUCGGUCAAGGAAAACAAAUUAAACGAAUCAAAUAUUUGCCUUGUAAUCUAUCUUAUGAAUGUUAAACACAGCAUAAUAGUGUGCACGUAUCUUGAUAUUAUAGUGAAGCAUGCCUUAGCUGUAGACGAUAAGAUUUCAUACUUGGAACUCUGAAAGCAGUUUUGUAUAAAAAUAUUUAAAUAAUUCAUGAUGUACUUAUAUUUUCGAAGUAUUGGUACUAAUUUUGAUGCACAUUUAAAUAUUGUGCCAUUACUAUGUUAUUUUGUAUUAUAAUAAUAUUUCAAGGUAGUCAAGUCACUUGCACAUUCCACAAAAUUAGACAUUGCUAUUUAUUAUAUAAAGCUCACUCUUUCGAUUCGAUAUUUCUAGUAGAUUGUAGAACAUAGGCCUAAAGAUGUACUUAGUAGACAUUUAGGGCUAGCCAAUAAUGACAAUAAAUAGCUUCGAUUCGUAUCGAUUUUUAUAACGUUUUAAUUUUGAAUAAUAAUCAGUUUUAGCGUUAGUUUAGCAUUGAAGAUAUAACAUAUCCUGUUUCGAGAUAACUUUGUCAUUCAUCGCAUCACACAUUCAACUAAUAUUAAUAAUUAGCAUGAACCCCGAUAUACACAAUUGAGAACAUUUUUGUUUGCAAAAAAUUGUACUUACUAACAACCUAGGCGUUUUGUAUUAAAUUAUAUUACCUACUCUAAAAGUUUAUGAACCAUUUUUGUCGAUAUUAAUAUUUUGUUAGAAAUUGUGUUGUUUAUUACAUUUUGUUUUGAGUGAA